AUGUUAACUCAAAUGUCUUAAACAGAAUCCAUUUUACGAGGAGGUGGUUGCGGUUCUUCGAAUGCAAUCUACCCAAAUUCAGGAAUCUCAAAGUCAGAUAACCAAGACCUUCAGAAUUUCUUUAAGAAAUUCAAUUUUUAUGUUGAGUAAAUUUGUACUAAGGCUGUUAUUGCUGCUGAUGAAUCAGAAUCCUAAGAAAUAAUGAAAGCUCAAUAAUGGUUUAUUUUUUAGGAAGAAAAUAUUUACAAUCUAAAUAAGAAUGCCUAAAGUGUAGUGAAAACAUACGAUUUAAUUUUAGGAGGAAUCCAAAAGUUGUUGAAUAGCUGUUUGAUUUACAUUCGAACAGAUUAGUUUAAGUGUUUAUCUAUUUUAUAGACAACAGCAUCUCUCUCUAAAAUCAUCUUUAGCUUCCAUGGAAUAAAUGAGGGAGGAUUCAUGAAAUGUGAUAAAUAAAAGAAAUUUUAGGAACUCUCUGAUGAAAUAAGACAACAUAUGGAAAUAGAAAAAAAUGAUUUGAUUCAAAAUUAAAUGGAGCUAUACCUUUUUUUAACAAAAACUUCUUUCGAGAUUGCACCUAAUAACAGCAAAGAAAGGGAAGAAAUCUGGAAAGGAUGCUUCGGUGGUAUUAUUAGUUCAAUAGUUUAAAUGAGACCAAAUGAAGAAUUGCUUUAAUCAUUGUUUCGGGGAGCUUGUUACCUUUCCAAAUUGUAUGUUAGAAACAAUAAUAGAAAAUAAUAUGAAGUUUAUUUUUAAAUAGAUAUGUUGUAAUGGGAGAUUAUAAGUUAUUUGAAGAAUGAAAAAAUGUAAACCCUAGAAGAAAUAAUUUUACAAAUUGCGGAAGUAUAUGAUAAUAUUGUGAAAAAUUCAGAUGUGUGGAAAUAUCAUUAUCUUUGGGUCUAAAUGAUUGGGGAAACUUAUAAUAUAAUCCUCUAUUAACAAAGCUCAAAUUAAGUCAGUUGA